AAAUGAUCCAGAAAUCUAUAGGGCCCUCAAAUGGGCCAUUUUUGACACAAUCGGAUUAUGAUGGCUUCCCCCACCGGCAAUCGGCGAACAUCACCGUCUCAUCAAAUAACAAUAAAAUCUCAAAAACCACCGCUCCCUCUCUCCUCUAGCAAAGAAGCAUACCUUUGCAGACUUUGAUAUUGAGACUUUAAAACAAUAUAGAACCCUAAUUCCUCAAAUUACCAGAAUUUAAUCUCGAAGAAGCAAAGAUGGGGAAGAAACAGCACAGCAAGGAUCGGAUGUAUAUAACAAAAACAGAAUGGGCCACCGAAUGGGGCGGCGCUAAAUCUAAAGAGGUCCAUACUCCUUUCAAGCGUCUCCCUUUCUAUUGCUGCGCACUUACAUUUACCCCAUAUGAGUCUCCAGUAUGCACAGCUGAUGGAAGCGUUUUCGAGAUAAUGCACAUUACCCCGUAUAUAAGGAAGUAUGGGAAGCAUCCGGUUACUGGAGCUCCACUUAAGCAGGAGGAUCUUAUUCCGCUCAAUUUCCAUAAGAACUCUGAAGGAGAGUAUCAUUGCCCUGUGCUCAACAAGGUUUUUACUGAAUUCACGCAUAUAGUUGCUGUGAAGACUACAGGGAAUGUGUUCUGUUAUGAGGCAAUUAAAGAACUAAAUAUCAAGACCAAGAACUGGAGGGAGCUCCUGACUGAUGAGCCAUUCAGUAAGGAAGACUUGAUAACAAUACAGAAUCCCAAUGCACUAGACACUAGGGUAACUCUGGAUUUUGAUCAUGUUAAGCAGGGUCUAAAAGUUGAUGAUGAAGAGCUAAAGCAUAUGAGUUCAGAUCCAGCCUAUAACAUAAAUAUAUCGGGAGAUAUCAAGCAGAUGCUGGAGGAGCUUGGAACUGAGAAGGGAAGGCAAACUGCACUUCAUGGUGGGGGUGGCAGUAAGGCACAAAAUGAAAGGGCUGCUGCCCUUGAGGCCAUUUUGGCCGCAAGGUCACGCAUUAAAGAGGAUUCCAAAUCUGAUUCAAAUGGAAAUUCUAAACCCCCACAAACUUAUAGUAUUGUAGAUGCUGCAUCUGCUGCAGUACACGGUAGAAGUGCUGCUGCUGCUAAAGCUACGUCAGGUGAUAAAACUGCUGCUCGGAUAGCGAUGCACAUGGCUGGUGAGAGGGCACCUGUGAAUGCUAAGCUGGUAAGGAGCCGUUAUACCACUGGUGCUGCUUCGCGAUCCUUCACUUCUACCUCUUUUGAUCCUGUCACCAAAAAUGAUUUUGAGUAUAUCAAAGUUGAGAAAAAUCCAAAGAAGAAAGGUUAUGUUCAGCUGCAUACAACACAUGGUGAUUUGAACAUUGAGCUGCAUUGUGAUAUAACUCCAAGAACGUGUGAGAACUUCAUCACUCUCUGUGAGCAAGGCUACUAUAAUGGAGUUGCUUUCCACCGUAGUAUUCGGAAUUUCAUGAUUCAAGGUGGUGAUCCUACUGGUACUGGGAGAGGAGGCGAAUCUAUAUGGGGGAAACCUUUCAAAGAUGAGCCGAAUUCCAAAUUGCUCCAUUCUGGAAGAGGCGUUGUUAGUAUGGCGAACAGUGGGCCUCACACUAAUGGUUCUCAAUUUUUCAUCCUCUACAAGUCUGCCAAUCAUUUGAACUUUAAACAUACAGUUUUUGGUGGGGUUGUUGGUGGCUUGACUACACUGGCAACAAUGGAAAAAGUUCCUGUUGAUGACAAUGACCGACCUCUGGAGGAGAUCAAGAUAAUUAGUGUGACAAUAUUUGUCAAUCCUUACACGGAAACUGAUGAAGAAGAAGAAAAGGAGAAGGCGAAAGAUGAGAAGGACGCAGAGGAUGAAGAAAAUGACAAAGUUGGGUCAUGGUAUAGUAAUCCAGGUACAGGAACAACAGAAUCCAGAACAGUGGGUGGUGGUGGUGGUGUUGGAAAGUACUUAAAAGCAAGGAAUUCUCAACCUGAAUCUGCUGCAAUAGAUGCCGGUUUAACGACAAUAACAGCGUCAAAGAAAAGAAAAGUGAGUGUUCCAACCUCAGAGUUCAAAGACUUCUCCGGCUGGUGAGAAUUACCAAAUAUUGUACAAUACCUGAAACUGAAAAACAUGAAAGCGGUAGGUAAAUAGUGUAACCAGAGUAUAACAUAUUCUUUUGAGGUGGUGAAAAUCAAAUAGAUACUGCUGAGGCAUUUUGUGAAAAACACUGAAUUAUAUUCUUUCCAAGAUGUAUUAGUCAGAGAGACAUAAUUUUUUAAGUCUGAUAACAAACACAGAUGCAGUGUUUGUCCA